CCUUAGCGGAGAAGGCUUCCCGCACGCGUCCCCACGCAGUCUGUUGCUCCAGCAGCCUGCAGGUGCACCUCCGCUUUCUCGCAUGCAGCUCCAAGGCGCCAUGCACCGCAGCAGCUUAAGGAAGUCAACUGCUUACAGCGUUGCAAAGCCCCAUGCACUAUGGCCCCUGCCUGGGACCGCGCCCACGCGGCGUGGGCGAGUACAUGCGUGCAACGCCGCCCAGACACGCCCCGCCCAACUUAGCGCCCCCUGGCGGCCAGCCCCAAAGUCCCGACCCGCAACCAAAACUGCCUACAGUAACGAUAGUAGCAGCAGCACCGCAGGCAGCCGCAGCAGCGGCAGUAGCAGUGAGGCCAGCUCCUCCUCCAGCGCCUCCGCCGCCCAGUUCGGCAUGUUUGUGUGCUCGGGCAGCCCGCUGGUCGCCGAGGCGCUGGCGCACACGGGUGUGGACUGGCUGUGCCUCGACACGCAGCACGGCGCGGUGGGCUACGGUGAGCUGCUGCGGCUGCUGCAGGCGACUUGCUCGGCGCCGCGGCGGCCGCAGACCAUCGUGCGUGUGGGCGGCCCCUCGGACCGCUUCGGCAUCCAGCAGGCGCUUGACCAGGGCGCGGACGGCGUGAUGGUGCCGCUGGUCAACUCGGUGGCGGAGGCGGCGGAGGCGGUGUCCUACUGCCGCUUCCCGCCGCAGGGCUGCCGCAGCCUGGUGGCGCCGUCACGAGCCAUCCUGGUGCAGGAGGGCGCGGGCGGCGCCGCACUGGGUCGGUACCUGCAGUCCGCCAACUCGAGGGUGCAGGUGUGGCUGCAGGUGGAGAGCCUACAGUGCCUGGAGGCGCUGGACGCCAUCCUGGACUCCGUGCCCGGCAUCGACUGCCUGUUCGUGGGCCCAGCCGACCUGGCAGUCAGCAUGGGGCUGCUGGGCGGACCCGGGCCCCUCGCGCCCCAGCCGCCGCAGCCGCUGCGGCCGCAGCCGGCAGGCGGCAGUAGCAGCAGUGGGAGCAGCAGCGGGGCGGCGGCGCUGCCGGAUCUGGCGGCGGCGCUGGCUGGGCCGGAGAUGCAGGAGGUGCACCGGCGCGUGAUUGCGGCGUGCGCGGCGCGGGGCGUGGCGGCGGGCUGCUUCUGUGUGGGGCCGGCGCGGGCGAAGGAGCUGGCGGCGAUGGGGUACUCGCGUGUGGGUUUUGACACGGACCUCGGAAUGCUCAUCAACAGCACCAGCGCGGCGCUUAAGGCGCUGUGAUCAGUGAGCGUCAGGGAGCGUCCGAGCGUGUGGGUGAGGGCUCUGAUGGAAUAAUAGAUCGUAUGCAGUCACGUGCAACAUGGGCCGCUGUUUGGCACCCGGCUGCAUUGUUGCCGCCAAGAGGGUAUGUGAGGCAAUGCGUGGCCAUGUUGGUGAUUUGCUGACGUAGGUACAUUCGAGGGCGGUGGAGAUGCUGUGGGAAUGGGGUCCAACUUGGUCCAACACGACAGUGUGACAGUUGCCGUGACUUGCAACUUCGAGUGUAGCAUGCAAGGCCACCGCGGCAUCGCCCACCGAUAUCAUGCCUGCGUUUGAUUGCUGGAUCAGCUAGUUCGAGUUCCCGGCAACUGCACCGACACGCAAAACACAAUGCGUCUUCUCCUCACUCGUGCGUCUUCAGCCCCCGCGCCCGACACACGCCUUGUAUUGUUUUGUAAUCCGUUGCUGCA